GAUGGUCGGGAACAAAGUUGUCCACGUCCCGACUGUGUUUCCCAUUCGUGACAUUUUGUGGUGCUUCAAACCUCUCUUCUGUUGGAUACGUAUUUUAGGCAUUGAACUCGAAUCCAUCCGGUAUGAGUAUCGAAAAGUCAGUUAUAUUUAUGGUGUUGUAAUAUUACUGACUUGCCAAUGGGCUAGUUUUGACAUCAGCUUCUUAAAUCGCUCCGUGUUGUCUCCUAACAAAACUUCAAACACAUCGACUGCCACGUAUAGCUGGAAUGUCAGAAUCGACCAUAUGAACCACUUUUGUCUCAUGGCCAUUGUCUCUCCAGCCUUUUUCUGCAUGGCCCGGGGUAGAUGGCUGCGUCUAUGGGAGCUGAUGAACGUGCUUGAUUGCACUCGUAGAAUCAACCAUGCACAACUACGCAAAGUUGUAUUGAUUGGAUUUCUUCCGAUUGGGAUGGAAAUCGGUAUAAUAAUCUACAACUUGCUAGUCACGUUGCCAGACUUCCCGAUGCAAUUGCCAUAUAAAAAAUUCGUGACCGUUGUUGCCAUGUUUGCAAAACUAGUACCAGUCAGUGCAAUGAUUCUGUUUUGCUCUUCAACCUGGCUGAUUUGUUUGCUCUACGAAGAGAUUCGACUAGAUGUUCAGAGGAAUUGGAAGAAGGUGAACCGUAAACACCUCCGUAAUUGGAAGAGCAGUUUGUCAUUGAUCGGUGAUGUAGUCGACCUGAUAAACACAAAUUUUGGUCUGAUUCUGCUGGAAUCGAUCACCCACUUUUUUAUCGAAUUUAUUGCACGAUCCUUUUACCUCGUGAACAGCAUUUCGAUGACCAAUGUGCCUGAAACAAUCGCCAUUGUUGGCAUGAUUUCCAAGAUCUUUCUGCUUUGGAUCAUCAUCUACAGUCCCUCCAACAUGUACCACAAUGCUAGGAAAGUAGCUACAGCACUUGGCAAAAUCGAUAGUGCUGAUAGUGCUUUGCAAAACCAGGUCACGUUGUUAGCGUUGAAUACGGUGCGGAAUUUACCGAAAAUUUCACCUCUAGGAUGUUUUGACAUUAACCUUCGGUUAAUACCAAAGUUGACAGGGACAACUUUAACGUAUCUUAUUGUGCUUUAUCAGUUCCAGUCUUCUGAAACAAAUAACUAAUCCAAGAAUGAAGCCAUCGCCGUUUGAAUGACCUGGAUAUCUGUGUACUCUCCCAUACCCCCAGUGACCUAUCUAUUAAAUUAAUAAGGGCGGACGCCAUACAAGCUUUUAACAAAUUACAGCAAAGUGGCAAUGUCAGAUCGGUAUCAUGUAAGUAUCCUCUUUCCAUAUCAGAAAAAUAUUCCAUCUAAUUCCAGAAAAAACAUCCUUACAUCGUACACGUCCUUCCGUGAACGAUAACAUCUCUCGUGUUUUCUGUGUUUUUCGUGAUGUCAGUUGUAACAAGUCAGUUAUCACUAUGGCCCCAUCCAUCGUCUGCAAAGUAACCCCGGUUGCGUUGGCACGCCGUGACAUUUCUUGGUGUUUUCAGCCUAUUUUUGUUUGGAUGCGAAUUUUGGGAAUCGAUCUUAAUCCCAAAAAUCACAAAGCCAUUAGUAUCUAUGGUUUUUUAAUGUUAUUGGUGGGCACUUGGGCACAGUUCGAUAACGCAUCCGUUAUAUCCUGGAAGCUAUCUUUGCCUCAGAAUGACACAAACGCACUUAAUAUUUCAUCUUCUGAUACGAACAACUGGAAUAUUGAGGUAGAUUACGCCAAUCACGUAUUUUUUAUGGUCAUUGUGUCGCCCACUGUCUUCUACGUUGCCCGUAACCAAUGGCAACUUUUGUGGCGUCUUAUUGUAAAUUUCGAUUCCAAUUUUUGCCAUCUUGAUCACAAUCAGCUGCGUAAAAAAUUAUCUAUCGCCGUUGUGAUAUUACUGUUGGAAAUUAGUGCCACACUGCAUGCCCUGGUAGUUCUCCUUCCGGACUUUCAGCGAGAAUCUACAUUGCGGAAAUUUUUAACCCUGUUGGUUUUCUUUUCCAAGAUAUUGUCAAUCAGCUCGCUGGUUUGGUAUUGCUACGUUACUUGGCUCAGUUCUUUAUUUUACAAAGCAAUCCAACAAGACAUCGAUCAUACCUGCAAAGUAAGAAAAGAAGAUCUCCGACGAUGGAAGUGUAGUUUAGUUCUUGCCGGAGAAGUAGUGAAUGGAAUUAAUGGAUGCUUCGGAUUGAUCCUCUUGAUAUCUGUCACACAUUUUGUUGUUGACUUUAUCGUUAAUUCCUUUUACCUUGUCAAUAAUGUCACAAUCACUAACCGAUUUAGAAUGGUAAUCGCCCUAGCCAACAUGUUGAGGAAAUUAACAAUGCUUUGGUUCAUCACUUGCAUUCCAACUGAAAUUCUCCAAAAGGCAUCCAGCGUAGCUAAUUCGCUUCGCAAAAUCAACUGUCUUGGAAUGGAUCUUCAAAAUCAAGUUUCCUUUUUAGCCCUGGAUAUAUUGCAAUCUUUGCCACGAAUAUCAGCUCUGGGCUACUUUGACAUCAAUUUUGAACUUCUACCAAAGAUGAUCGGAACUACCUUAACAUAUGUGAUCAUACUCUAUCAGUUCCAAUCAUCAGAGCUUUCUGAUUGAACUAACAUUAACAAAUUCUUUGCUCUCUACCAUAACCAAAGAAUUAUCCUGGUGUAGUUGAAGUAGCAAUGUGGAACACAUUAAUUAGUCAAAAUCUGCACAGUCAUGUAAUUUAUUCGCUUGUGAAAGGAAUCAUAGUGUAACAAUAUGUAAAUAUGUCAUGUCAUCACCAGUAGGAAUAGGCAAUUGCACCAACUAUAUUUCACUUUAAAAAAUAAAGUUAUGAUCUUAAGUAGUAAGCUAUAGAAAAAAAUUUAACAGAAUCCUU